AUGGAUUCAACGAAUCCCUUCUUUCAGUCUUCUUCUUACUUAAACUUGCUUAACAGUCAAGAAGAAGGUGGUUUAAAUGAUAACUUUCAUUGGGAAAGUUAUCCACCUUCUGGACAGAGCUCCCAACCUUCUCCUCGCAGCUCCCAACCUUCAUCUCAAAGCUCCCAACCUUCUGAGGCGCCAACUCUUUCGCAAGAAACACCAUUGGAGCGCAAGGAGAGAAAGACAUGGACACCUGCUGAUGAUGAAGUCUUGAUCUCCGCAUGGCUCAACACUUCCAAAGAUCCCAUCGUUGCAAAUCAACAAAAGGGAGGAAGCUUCUGGCAAAGGAUUCAAAAAUACUAUGCUGACACUCCUCAUGCUAGAAAUGGUGGUGAACAGAUGUUGACGACACAUUGCAAGCAGCGUUGGCACAAGAUAAAUGACCAAACUAACAAGUUCUGUGCGGCAUUCGCAGCUGCGGAGAGACUGAACAGCUCUGGUCAUUCUGAAAAUGAUAUCUUAAAGCAUGCGCAUGAUAUCUACUUCGAUGCCCAUAAGAAGAGAUUUAACCUUGAACAUGCUUGGUUUCGGUUAAGGUUUGAGCAGAAAUGGCUCACACUAAACACCAUUAACACGCCCCCAUCCCAGCCUGCAACAAAGAGGAAACAAGCUGCCGAAGGUUCACAAUCAUCAAGCUGCAAUGUUGAGGAGUAUGAGAAAAGGCCAGAAGGGAUUAAGGCUGCGAAGGCGAAGAGGAACAAUGCUCAGUCCACAAACGUGAAGACUCUUGCUGAGUAUAAGAGCAUGUGGGAUGUCAAGAAAGAGGAAUUGGCUGAAAAGGAGAAACUGCAGAAGCUGGCCAUCCUAGAUACUCUCUUAGCCAAAAAAGAACCUUUAAAUGCUAGUGAAGAAGUUAUUAUGAAGAAGAUAGUGUCCCAGUAUUUCUGA